AUGUCGUCCUUUUUCACAUUGCCCGCCUCUCAGCGGAAGCGCAAGAGAGAAGACCGCGCCGGAGCCCCCGCGUCCAAGAAACGAGGAGUCGAUGCAGAGAAGAAUUCGAGGGAACGAGAUGACUCGGUUUCGGGAAGUGACUUGGACGAGGAAGACGUGGCAAGCCAGGCAUCAGGCCUGUCCGAGGAGAGUGGCUCGGAUUCCGACGAAGGAGAGACGGCCGCGGAGCGAAGAUUGAAACUCGCCGAGAGAUAUCUGGAAAACGUGCGGGAUGAGGUGGAUGAUAUUGGAUUUGAUGCUGCGGAAAUUGACCGAGAUCUCAUCGCAGAGAGACUGAAGGAGGAUGUGGACGAGUUCAAAGGGCGAGUGUACCGCCAAAUUGCGUCGGAUUUGGCUUUCUCGACUGCGUCACCUACCUUCUUUCGAGCAGAUACCCAGACGACCACAUCGAUUGCGGUUCAUCCGCCCUACGCUUACACGGUGUCCAAGGAUAAAACGCUGAUCAAAUGGGAACUUGCAACCCCGGCCACCACAACAAACCAAGAUACCGCAUCGAAACGGCCCCCGAAACCGCAGCGUAAGAAGCCGAAACAAGUGAAGUUUGUGCGAGGACUGCAGAAGGUCGCCGAGAGCGAGGAAGAACACGGUCACACCAAGAACAUCUUGUCUGUGGCCGUUUCGCCGUCGGGGAAGUUCGUGGCCACUGGUGGAGAGGAUCGCAAAUUGAUUAUCUGGGACGCAGCGACCCUGAAACCAUUGCAGACCUUCACACAACACCGUGAUUCCGUCAGCGGACUUGCCUUUGCUCGUCAUAUCUCCACCAUGAGCUCCGGAGAACAACUCUUCUCCGGCUCCUUCGACCGCACAAUCAAGACGUGGUCCUUGAGCACUGCAGGUCACGCCUACGUUGAGACACUGUUUGGACAUCAGGACCAUAUCUCGUCAGUGGCGGCAAUGACAAUCGACGAGUGUAUCAGUGUGGGCGCACGUGAUCGUACGGCGCGACUAUGGAAGGUUGUGGAUGAAUCACAGCUGGUGUUCCGUGGUGGAUCCAAGAAUGCCUCGUACCAGGAGAACAACCUCGACUGUGUCGCUCCUCUGCCUCCUACUCAUUUUGUUACCGGCUCAGACUCGGGUGCUCUCUCUCUCUGGUCCAUUCACAAGAAGAAGCCUCUCCAUACAAUCCCGCUCGCCCACGGCCUCGACCCCAUUCCUCCUCUCGAUGAGCUCUCGAACGAAGUUGAUCCGGAGGUUGCGUCGGCGAACUCUCGUUUCCUUCGACGGAUGCCUCGCUGGAUCACUGCUUUGACCACAGUUCCGGGUACGGAUGUCGUCCUCAGUGGAAGCUGGGAUGGCUGGAUUCGCGCCUGGAAGAUCUCUGAAGAUAAGAAGACAAUCAUUCCCCUCGGACCUAUUGGAGGAGGAGACACGCCCUCCCCCGAUACGCCGUCCGCGCAGCUGAAGCAGUCGCUUGCUUUCGACACCCCUGCCAACCCGGAUCAAAUGGCCAUCGAUACGCCACGGACCGACGAGUCCAAAGACGACGCGGAGCCGCUGGUUAAGGGCGUCGUCAACGGCAUUGCCGUUUUCGAGCGACGAGCCGACUCGGUCAAGCCCGGCCAAGUAUCAACCGAGCCCAAGUCCAAGUCCAAGUCGAAGUCUGCGGACUCUGAGCCCAAAGGUCUCUGCAUAGUAGCAGCCGUCGGCAAAGAGCACCGUUUUGGACGUUGGAAGUGCUUUGCGAACAACUACCACGACGGGUCCGCAGCGGAUGGCCGCAACGGGGCCGUUGUAUUCGAGGUUCCGUUCAUUGCGGGCGCGACCUCCAAGGAGGCGUAA